AACACAGCUGGUAUUUGGAACGUCCCACCUCUAGUUACCAACUUGUUAAUCGGUUGUCCCUGCGGUUGCUUGGCCAAGCCUGAAGGCCACAAUGGAGUCCGCACCUUUCGCAGAAAUGGAUAAAACACAAAUACCGCCAUUAAAUCAAAACAGAAUUCUCACAUUUGUAAACAGUUUUUUAAUCAACACUUGUACGUUUCUUAAUGAAUUCACACUGUCCUGCGAGGCAAAGUUUAUUGAGCUUGAGCGCAAAUUACAGCGAACCGAGGCAGCGUUAAUUAUACUAGAAGCCAAACUCGCCUCUAUUCCCACCGAUCCUGAGGGCGAUGUUGCAGUGCCCUCACAACCGGCACAAAUACCCGUAUCGGCACCCCAAGAUCCUAAAGCUAAUGCCAACAUAGUUGCUUGUGAGACUGAGAGUUUGCCAGUUGAAUCUAAACCCACAGGUGUGCGUGUCUGUGAAGAUAUCCGCUACAAGAAAUAUUUCAAAAUGGUACAAGUCGGCGUUCCAGCGGCCGCAGUCAAACUUAAAAUGCAAUCCGAAGGUCUCGAACCGAGUUUGCUAGACAAUCCCGAGUCUAUUGUGGAGGAUGGUGUGAUCGAAGAUGCUGGCAUAUGAUUAAGUAAAUCCGAAGUGAACCAUUCACGGAUUGUGAUAUAUGUACAUACAUAUGUAGGUAUUAUAAGCACUUGUUUGUAUUAAUACGAUACCAAUGAAACGCUUGCAACAGUUUA